UCCUUUUCUUAACGAUAAAGUUGGAUACUUUGAGAGUAGAGAGAGGGAGAGAAAGAAUUUGCGAUAAAACCAGAAGAAAAGCAACAAGAGAACUAAGAAGCAACAAAACCCAAAACCCAAAUAUCUAAACCUAUAUAUAUAUAUAUAUACAUCCUCAAUUGACCCAAAGAUUCCUUUUUUUUUCUGGACCGGAGUAGUGCCCGGAGCUCUGUUUUGAUUUGACUAUGUCGUCCCAAGAGCCUGACCAGCCGCUGUUGUUCGGCUCCGAGGAAGACGAGGCCGCCUAUGACUCAGACGAAAAGGUUCUUAUCAUUGGGAUCGACGAAGCCGCCGACGAUGACGACUCCGGCGUGCCGCCGUUUUCGUGGAAAAAGCUCUGGCUCUUCACCGGUCCCGGGUUUUUGAUGAGCAUCGCUUUUCUUGAUCCUGGAAACUUGGAGGGUGAUCUUCAGGCUGGAGCCAUUGCUGGGUACUCGCUCUUGUGGCUGCUGUUGUGGGCCACGGCUAUGGGGCUGUUGGUUCAGUUAUUGGCGGCGCGGCUCGGCGUCGCCACUGGGAGACACUUGUCCGAGCUUUGCAGGGAGGAGUACCCCAAGUGGGCUUCGCUGGUGCUUUGGGUUAUGGCUGAGCUGGCUUUGAUUGGGGCUGACAUACAAGAGGUCAUUGGGAGUGCUAUUGCCAUUAAGAUACUGAGUAAUGGCUAUUUACCACUUUGGGCCGGGGUCAUUAUCACAGCUUUGGAUUGCUUUAUCUUUCUCUUUCUGGAGAACUAUGGUGUGAGGAAAUUGGAGGCAGUUUUUGCGGUUCUUAUUGCAACAAUGGCGCUGUCAUUUGCAUGGAUGUUUGGAGAAACAAAGCCUAGUGGUUCAGAACUUCUUAUAGGUAUUUUGAUUCCAAAGCUUAGUUCGAAAACUAUAAAGCAAGCUGUUGGAGUUGUAGGUUGUGUCAUUAUGCCUCACAAUGUAUUUUUGCACUCUGCUCUUGUACAGUCAAGAGAAAUUGACCACAGCAAGAAGGGGAGAGUCCAAGAAGCUCUAAAUUACUAUAGCAUAGAGUCCACUAUUGCUCUUGUGAUCUCCUUCAUUAUCAAUCUAUUUGUGACGACUGUAUUUGCCAAGGGAUUUUAUGGAACAGAACUAGCCAGUAGUAUUGGCCUUGGAAAUGCAGGACAGUAUCUUCAAGACAAGUAUGGAGGAGGGAUGUUUCCCAUUUUGUAUAUCUGGGCUAUUGGGUUAUUAGCUGCUGGCCAAAGCAGUACCAUUACUGGUACUUAUGCUGGGCAGUUUAUCAUGGGAGGUUUUCUAAACUUGAGAUUGAAAAAAUGGCUGCGGGCAUUGAUUACUCGAAGUUUCGCAAUUAUUCCAACUAUGAUUGUUGCUCUCAUCUUUGAUUCCUCCGAGGAUACGUUGGAUGUUCUAAAUGAGUGGCUUAAUGUGCUUCAGUCAGUUCAGAUCCCUUUUGCACUUAUUCCCCUGCUCUAUUUGGUUUCAAAGGAGCAAAUCAUGGGCAGUUUCAAAAUUGGCCCUUUACUCAAGACUGUGGCAUGGACUGUGGCUGCCCUGGUGAUACUUAUCAAUGGGUAUCUAUUGCUCGAGUUCUUCUCAUCAGAGGUGAAUGGAGUGGUUUUUGGCACUGCUGUCAGUGCAUUUACCACUGCGUAUGUUGUGUUCAUUGUUUACCUCAUCUACCGAGGCUUUUCCUUAUCAAGCUUGAGAGGCCUUGUACAGUCCAAGGGAAUCACAGAUUCGGGAAACUGACUGAUCAACUCAAAUACCAGUUCCAGUCAGCUUACCAUUCAAGCAUUUAGAAAGUGUCAAAUGGUUCAAGGGCUGAUGAAACUGCAUAUUCUCAGAACUUUCCUUCUGAUACAGCAUCAACCUUGGUAUUUAAACACACCUCAUUGGAUCACUUUGGUGUAGAAAAUUUGAGACUACUGUCCAAAGGUGAUUUCCUGUACGGUAGAGCUUAUUUGUAGCUCUUUUGUUUCGUUGUACACAAAACAUUAAAUUAAAGGGAAAAAAAAAGACAAUUAAGCAAGGCUAGGCCUAGGAUAUAUAUCAAUCAAUAUGAAGUUGACAAUUUUCAUUAGCGUAAUGCUGUAGCUUGAAUAUAUUAUUAGCUGUAGUAGCCAACUUGGUCAAGUAGGCAUUUGACAAUAUGAAGUGGGUAUUGUGUAUUUUCCUCUUUUGGGAUCAAUAUAUAAAGUGGAAUCAUUUUAUCACA